AAAAAUUGCGAGAUGGCAGAGAAAAAAUGUGAUAACAAGAAAUGACACCAUCUGUCAUGAUGACCUUUGAAGAAUAAAUGUUCAUGUCGUGUUUCUCUGCGAGAUGUCGAGCGUUGUGAAAACUGGGAUCGUGCAGUCUACGCUUCGCGUCGGACUUGCAAUCGCUCCGCGUUUCCGACAGCAGCAUCAAAACCGAAAUUUCGGUACUUUACCAUACCGACUGAAAUGGCGAUGGUGGAACAACGAGACGAUUCUCGGGAAGCAGAAUAUCACUUUCAAGAAAUUCCUCCAAAAAUUACUCACUACACCACCUACCGACACCUGUUUUCGCUUCAAAUACUUGCGUGAGCAUGCUGUUGACCUUCUGUGGAGUCUGAAGUGGUACCACAUCGUCGGAUUCUCGUUUUCAAGCACGAUUCUAGUCGGCGCACAUGCGGCGUUGUUGGCUUUAGGACUGGCUUUCAUCAAGAAAGACUAUAGCGAAGAAUUGCGGGACGGCUAUUUGCGGGAUUGGAUAGUGGAUCUAAAAGCAGUAGAGGAGUCCCCGGACCUCCAAGAAGCGCAUCAAAGCCAGGCAAAAGCUGUAAAGGAGGCGAUGAAAGAGGCUUUCGGGAUGUCCGACAGUGACGGUGCAGAAAAUUUUCGCUCUGCAGCAAGGCUGCUGUUCCCUGUGGAGCAGGAGGUGCGUGCCAGAGUGAGACGAGGACUUUCAUUACGGUGAACAUAGUACAACUACAAGUACCUCUACUUGUGAUGACUGCUAUUCCUAUUCAUAGUAUUCACUCUGCCCUUUUUUCAGACGUAGAAACGAGAUAUUAAGUGUCGACGCUUCCGCUCCUGCUCUUGUAACACUGCUAGGAGUCUUCUUCUAACCUGAAUCCACCCUGAAGACUUCAAGAGAGAAUACUUUCAAGCAGAGCGCCUCUCAAUCCUCAGACGGCGUUUUGGCAAACGCCGCACCAAAAUGGGACAAUACAAGGACGUAGGCUAUCAGGUUGAGGCAAGUUUGGAGAGCGCAGAAGCAUUGUGGUAUGAUGGAGUGCUUAUACAGGAUAGGCAGGGCACUACAAAAAAACGCAUUGCUUCUACUUAUAAUUGGAAAGAACUACAUCUAGAGUACUAGCUAGUCAUGGAAAGGGCGUGCACUGUUCAAAAAGAUCCCCAUGCUUGACACUCAUCAUUCAUCCGUCCUGCGAACCCGCCUUGCAGCAUGCGGCUGAGUCUCUAGACAGCGCGGGCUUUGUAUUGUUGAAAAACGCGAUUUCACCAGAGAUGCUAGCGACAUUGAGAAGGCAGAUAUUUGGGACAGCGAAUAUUAGGCCUGACACACCAAGAGGACUGGGAUGGCACGUCAAGGAGACGGAUCCGAACAUCAGCCAUGAUCGAAUCUUAUGAUACAUGUCAAUGAAUCGGCCUGUAAGGCAUGAAGAUCGUGAUUUUCUGAUAGCAUCCUGAGUAUUUCAGAGGGUGGAGGUGGAGGAGGUGGCACAGGGUACUACAAAUAGUAAGCCGGUACGUACCUAGUCUUCCCCCGUGAUGAAUAAGUUCAACUUCUGUCUAGGGAAACAGUCAUCGACAUUAAUCUCGACCGCCUUCAUGCACAACCGAGGGCCGCCUACAUAUGAACCUUCGUGGUUCCGCUAUUGGCGAGUAUUUCGCUGACUGGCAUCGCCACUGGCUCCCUUUGUGUUUUCACUAUUUGUGUAGCGGAGACAUCGAGAGAAAAAUUGCGAAGCAAGAAAGGGAGCGAGGGAUGUCUGGGUCUUUGGCGUCUACUUCUAGUUCGAGUGCUGCUUCUGCCACAGCCAGCACUUCUGGCACGCUUUUGUCUGAGCAAGAUCAGGAUAAACUUAAACAGGCCGUGGCGUCUCAGGCACAAGAAACUGAAAAGAAACCCAGUACGAGGACGAGUACCGCAGAACUCACAGCAGAAGAGGAGUACGAGCAGCGACUUUUGAUGAGCGAACUCACGUGUCCCCGACUCUACGUAGCGGAGGUGUAUUUGGUGAUGAAUGACGUGGUCUGUCCCAGGAAUGACUGGUAUACCGAUUCCCAUUCUAAGUCCCUCACUGUUCUGGUGCCAUUAGACGACUUUCCGGAAGACAGUGGGCAGAUCGAGAUGCUACCAGGGACGCAUAAACUGACAUUAUGGAGGCUGCAUUAGAUCAGGACUUUUCUCGUUGCACCACCUAAAUUUUUUUUGAAAUUCUAACCUGCAAAUCCGACAUCCCUGUCUUCGACAUCAAUGACCCGACAAAAAUGACUACCGACGUCGAAGAAUCAAGUUUCCUGACCCGAUUUCUGAAUGCCUUCAGAAUAGGUUGUAGUGUCCGCGGCUAUGUCACGCCUAGUGACAUCGAAUGGUCAGUGAAGAGGUUAGCAACAGAAGCCAGAGAAGCCGAAAGUCAAGCCGCGACCAUGUCCUGUACAACUUCCGAUACACGAGAUGCUGGUGCAUCAUCAUCGUCUGGCAUAACAACGACAACAGCAACCGAACUUCCGCAAGAACAGCAGCAAAAGGAGUUUGACGAGCAUUUUGCCGCAAAAGAGAAAGAAAAACGCGACAGGGCUUGGAAGGCCGGGGAUGCCUUAGUCUUUGAUUCCAGAAUCAUUAAGCGAGGUGGGGAGAGUGUCAAUGUCUUUCGACCAGGGCAUACGCUUUUAAUCCGUUAUGAACGCUGGGACAGUCGAAGGAUAGAUAAAGCGUACCAACAUGGCUUCAAUGUUGAAGGUCAGAGGUGGAAAAUGUCUCUUGGGAGGUAUUUGGACGGGGUCUUUAGGGUAUAUGCCGCUGUGUAGGUGUUGAUACCGACCUGUAGUUUACUACGGACUAGGUGUUGACACCGAUCUGUUUACUACGGACAACUUUCUGCAGGUGCGAAGUCGACAUAAAACAUUAACAUUGACUUUGACAAAAGAGACGUUUCGUCCAUUUCUGUCACAUGAUGAACCUUGUUAUAUUAGGUUAAUCGAGUCACUUUAUUUACAAACGACUCGUACUGGUGCUCGUCGUUUCAUCGGCAU